CUCCCUUCCUAUAGCUCCUCUGAAUCGAACUCAGGCAAUAUGCUGGUUCUCGAUUCUGCACUGUAUCACGUGACUAUCUCCGGCUUGGCAUCAAAUUCCCGCCGCAGUUUUCUUGAGAUCUUCUCCGCGUCGGCCACCUCAUACCAGCACCACAUUGAAUCGAGAACUGGCUGGAUCGGGCCACGGUGUUGAAUUUUUAACCUUCUAAUACCAAUUUUAUACACUACAAUCCGCCAUGAUCUGCCAACGGUGCCGAACCGGCAUCCUGUCCCGGAUACCGCAGCAGCCUACCGUUGUGUCGGUCUCGUCCCGCGCACACCAGCUUCCCUUCCAGCGCAUCCAAUUCCGCAACUACAGUGAUGGAAAGCCUACCGUAUCGGCCACCCCCCCUCCGCCUACCCCCCGACAGCCUGCCGGCGCCGAUAUCACGAUUCCCUCGGCCGUGUCGUCCGCGACCCCGGGUGUCUCCCAACCGUUGAGCACUCCGGAAGGUGUCCACCUUGAAGUCAACCCUGGGAAGCCUAAGAAACCUGUGGUGGAACGUCCUCCGAGCUCUUGCCCCGCUGGUCAGAGGAUGAACGGACUGAACUACUUCAAGAACAAGCCCGACGUGGUGGCCCUGGAGGAUUCGGAAUACCCUGAAUGGCUGUGGUCGUUGUUGGAAGACUCCAAGGGUAGCAAGACUGCCAAGGGAGGAGUUGACCCAAGCACCUUGAACAAGAAGCAGCGCAAGCGCUACGAGAAGAAGAUGGCCGCCCGUGCCGCCAACCUGCCUCCCCAGAUCCCCGUUCACCAUCACGCUACGGAUAUCACACCAGCUGCGUACAACAACCAGGGCGCAGUGCCCGAGGACCUGCUUGCCGCGGCCGCCGAGAGUAUCGAGAAGCGUACCGAAAUCACACGGAGUGCCAGAGAGGCUCGGAGAAAGGCCAUUCGGCAGGACAACUUCCUGCGGGGUCUGUAGAUUAUGUGACAAUCUGCGUUUACUCUGGGCCUUGCUGGACGAUGUUCGACAAGCAUUAUACGGCGUGGCUGCAGGGUAGAAUUUCUUGAAUAUGUUCAAUGUAUUUUAUGCGACUUGUAUUCAUAUACUUCAUCAGAUGGCGUGAAUGGACUUUACCUAUGGGCUAGACUUUCUGCUCCUAUACUUGACGUGUUGCCGCCGAUCCCGUUGAGGAAACCAUGAGCCUUCAAGUGAACGUCUGCUGGCAGAGUACCAGACUUCAACCUGUACAGACCUACUUCUGAAAAGAACCACCAGUAUAGCCUCCCUGCAAGGUUUCUUUAACC